AUGUUGGCCCCAGCUGUGCCAGAGAUCACGGAAGAAAACCUCCACGAGUCGAUUGAUGCCCGUACCGAGUCGCUUCUGUCACUGCGCGAGCUCGGCCCGCCUGACCUCGUCCACCUCCUGAGGCAGAGCAUACGCAACCCACUGAAGCAGUCCGGUGUUUACCACCAUGUCACCGGUGUUGAUGCCUCGUCCUCUGCCAGUCUUGCUGCAUAUAUCAACACCCUCACGUACAAAGAGCACGGACCGAGCGCAACCUCGAAGAUCGUAGAGGGCGUCUUUUGUUGCUACAAUGCAUUCUCUAGGCUUGACAUGCGAGUCCACGUUUCGAUACCCGGUACGGUCGAGAGCUACUGCGUUGACGAACGAGGCGAAAAGCGCAAGGCGUCCGAAGAUCUCUGGCUAGAAACAUAUCUCUGCAGUGUGUUGCGCUCAUACUCGUAUGCCGAUGAUGGAAGCGGCGACACGAUUCGCAAGAUUAUGGGCGUGCGCCGUUUCAAUCCGGUCACCAACACCGAAGCUGAGCAUCGCUUCCUGUUUGCUGCUGAACAGCUUUUCUUCCGCGGCUGGCAACUCGGCUCCGACUCGGUUGUUCAAGUUCCGACUAAUGUUUCGAACCACCUGACCACAGGACUCUUGAAAUAUCUUGAGACCACCGGCCGCUACGCUUCAGGCAUCAACUUGUUUGAAAAGCUUCGCACUCAGAGUAUCGAAGUCUCCUCCCUUCUCGCCAAGGUCCAGUUCAUGGGCAGCGAAGAAGUCGCCGGUGUCAAGGUUCUGUACGAAUCUCUUCAGCAAACACCCAUGGACUAUGUCAUGCUCGACACCCAAGCCGAGUUUUUGAUGAAGAAGGCGCGAAAGGCCGACACGCCGGAGCAACGAACCGACCGACUAACAAUGGCGAUGGGAUGCGCAGACCGCAGUACGGUUGCCGCCCCGAGCGAAUUUGGAACCUGGGCAAGGCUGGCUCAGGUCUAUGUCGCCAUGGAAGACUGGGAGAAUGCUCUUACCACACUCAACUCGUGCCCGAUGUUUACCUAUCAAGACAAGGAUGCGCCUAUGAUGCCAGAGCCGAAGGAAGUCCAUCUUCCCAUUCUCCCCGAAACCCGUCUGGACGAGAUUGAUAGCGAGCCUGAGUCGAGGUUUUCCGAGCAGGUCGACCCCAGCAUCCUUGGGCUGCGGGCGGCCGCCUAUCGCGGCACCUUUAAGCAGGCCUACAGCAUCUUGACAGAGAUGACGUCAAAGAUUGGCUGGGACCAACUGCUCAAGAUUCGCAGCACUGUUUUUGUGAUGGAGGAUGAGUAUCGUACUGAGAAGCACGAGGCGACUCAGGGCACUCAUAAGCGAACCCCCAGCACCGAUGGUCUUCGCGGCACUCCCGACCCCACCGCCAACGGUGAGGACAAAGAGGAAGACGAAGGCGAAGAUGGAGACGAAGAGGAGGGCAAGGCCAAGGCCAAGGAGGUUGAAAAUACGAAUGGCGACGAGAACGGCGUUGAGCGUCCUUCCAACACCAUUGACCCCAAGAGCCUAAAAGGCGACCAGGAGACCAGCAACGACGACGAGUCGUCCAAGCUCAACACGAAGCGGUUGUGUGAGCGAUGGUUGGACAGCCUGUUUAUGGUCUUGUAUGAAGACUUGCGUGUGUAUACUAUCUGGCGCACGCAGAUGGCACAGUAUCGUGCACAGCAGAUGCAGUACAAGAAGUCUGCCGAGGAAUGGGAGAUUCUGGGCACCCUAGCUGAGCGUCUGCAGCACUUUGAUGAGGCUGUCGAGGCGUACCGAGCAUGCCUGUCGCUGCGAUUCAGCCCCAAGUCUCUUGCUGGUGUCCUUCGCGUGUAUGAGCGCUCCAAGAGCACGCGCGAAACUGUCGCAUCCGUCAUUCGACUGGUUACCUGGCAGUAUCGAUGGUAUAGCGAGUUUAGCCCGGAGCUGCUCCACACUAUCCGAACGCUGAUCGAGGAUGAAGGCGCCGUCAAGGUGCGAAGCAUAAUACAGGCCACGAGCCUGCCGCAGAAUGUGCUGGAUCUUACCCACCACUAUGCUGCUCUGUGCGCCAACUUUCGCAGCAGCGGCACCGAGGGCUAG